ACUCGACCUUUACUGUAUGCAGCAGUCAGCAGAUGCUGAGGAAAGAAGAAUUUCCACCGAGCGUUAGGACUUUCCAGAGUGGGCGGAGCGACUGUGCAGUGCAGGAAGUACUGAGUCAGCUGUAGUUUCUGUAGUUUUUGAGGUAUGUUGGUUGUCAAACACGUUCCUUGCGGUCCCGCAUAAAGGGCAGGGAGUCUGCGUUUGUCUGCGAGUUUUCUCUGUGUGCUGAGCGGCAGAUACUUCAGCUUCUCCGCGAUGAGUCGAACCGUGCUGGUGGAUCUGCUUCACCGCUGCUGUGCAUCAUGCACGGGCGCUUCUCUGCUGGAGGACUCGGUUUCAGACUCGCAGGUCUUCGUGCUGUGCGGGAACACUUACCGGGAGAAAAACGGCUUCGUAGACACGUUCUUGAGCUCCUGCAAAAGUGUGCACAUCCUGGACUCGAGCUCCACAGUGGAGAGUUUGUACCGUUUCAAGCAGACUUUGGACCAGCUGGACCUGAGCUCGAUCACGGUCCUCACCACCGCACAGGGCAAAGAGGUGCUGGCUCAUUACCAGAACCUCCUUUUUACGGCCCUAUACGACUUCCAGUACAAGCAGAGACCGGUGGACGAGACUUGUCCUAGUUGCAGAGCCUCCACAGAUUCGGUCUCACCUGGCGAAGAAGUGUGCGAAGAAGUGUCGACGUUUAUGCAGCAGCUUCCUGCGCUGAAGGGAGAACUCACAGUUCUGAAGUCUGCGCUCAUUCCAGAUUGUUUUGGUCAUGGCUUCAGCACCCGUACAGGUGGUGUGUCCUACAUCUCGACCUUAUCCUCCUUGAAUCUGUUCAGCAGCUGCAGGAGGAGGGACCCAGUGGCUGUGGUAAUGGAGAACAGGCGCCGAUUAGCCCUCCAUGCUGGUUUCCAUCCUCAGCCCAUGCAUUUAGUCAAGGUGAACCACGCUAAUGAUGUCUGGGUCUUGGGGAAAGCUGAGCCCGAGAGUUACGAUGCAAUGGUGACCAAUCAGACUGGGCUCGUCUUAGCAGCUCCAGGGGCCGACUGCAUGCCGCUCCUCUUUGCUGAUCCCGUCGCAAAAGUUAUCGGAGUCGCACAUGCAGGUUGGAGAGGAACCAUAAUGGGGGUUGCCAUGGCCACUGUGAAUGCCAUGGUGACAGAAUUUGCUUGCCAAGUUAGCAACAUUGUGGUGGCUGUGGGACCAUCAGUGGGACCCUGCUGCUAUACCAUGGAAAGAGACCAGGCGUUGGACUUCAUGAGCAUCCAUCCAGACUGUGUUCCUGAUCCAGAAUCAGCCAGACCACACGUCGACAUCCGUCUCGCCAACAGAGUUCUCCUCCAGAAAGGUGGCGUCCUGCCCGAGCACAUCCAUGACAACAAGAUGACGCACUGGUCCUGCGUGACGCCCUGCACCUCAUGUCACCCUGAAAACUACUUCUCCCAUGUCAGAGAUGGGCUUAACUUUGGCACACAGGUGGGCUUCCUGUGGAUCAAACAAACGAAUGAAUUAAUGAGUGUUUAGCACACUUACCUCAUAUUGUUGUCAGCUAAAGCUCCACAAAGUCAAUGUGCUCUUUUGGUAAAAUUACAUGGUAUAAAAAAUGUUAAAAGCAGCAGACAGAAAAUAGCUAAAAACCAAUUGUUUGCUAAUUUACUGUUUGAUAUUUACAGCUUUAAGGAUAAUUUUGCAUGUCCCACAGAUUCUAAUCUUCAAAUAAACUAGAGGAUUAAAGUUACAAUGUGCAAAAUCUCAAUACUAGAUGUCAGUACAUAGCAGACUGCAUUCAACUGAGUUCGGUUUUCGUACCCCUCCCAAUUCAAAUGCACAAUCCUAGCUAAGGUGGCUUCCAUUCAUCUGUAGUGAGUGCAGGCUGUCAGUCCACUGUUCACCUCAGCAGUAGCAAUAUGUAUUGACAUCUAUGGACUCUAGAGGGAAACUGCAAAACUUUGUGGCUGAGUCCAAUAUGAGUCAGUGAAGCUCAUUUCUGUCUGACAACGAUACUGCAGUGUUGUUGAGGAUAUCGAACUUUUUGUCAUUAAACACUGCCCUUUAGUAACACUUUCUUUGAAGUGGAGCUAACUUUGUUGGAUUCAGAGUCUUAGCGAUUAAACUCUCAUACGAUGUGAGAAUGUAAUCAAAUUGUUUAUCGGAGGGAAAAUGUGAUUUUUAGGACACUUGAGUCUAACAUUAGCUAAUAUAGCAUUAGCUUAUUGCUGUUGUGUUUUAGCCAGCUCAUUGUUAGCUGGAGGCCGUAGAGUCGCAUGUCUAAUCUGCCAUCAAUAAGUAAUUAUAAUGAUAUCAGGAAGAAAUGAACAUGUUUAUGCACAUUUUCGUGUGUUAGAGCUCUGACUUCAGCUCAGUAGGUUCAGCUGAGGAGAAAGAGGAUGACACUUUAUCCAGGUAUCACCUUCCCUCGCAUUUUCGCUUCUUUAAUGAAAACAACCACUUCUCAGAUGAUAAAACAUGGGUAUGAUCAUAUCUUGAGUCUGUAGGUGCAGACACAAAUUAAUAUUUUACUAAGCUAAAUUAUUACUAUUUUAUUUUUUAGAAUUUCACUAACUUUCAGGGAUUUCUCAUUUGAACAAACAUGUUUUAUAGCUCGUAAGAUUUUUGGGGGUGAAUCUAACUCUGCAGGGAAUUAUUUCUAUGUUGUUGGAAACAGCAUAGAAAUACUGGACUGAUACAGUUUGUCCAAACAUGUAUAUUUGGAUAGUUUACCUGUAUUGUGGGUCCAAUGUACCAAGCAAACUACCCACUAGCCAGUAAGCAUUCACCUAGCGGCUCUAAUCUGUCUCUCUUAAUUCCAACCUGAGCCAACAGAAUUAUUCAUUUAGAGAAUGAAUUGGUGGGUUUAAAUACUUGGAUAACACGUGGACCAAAUAGACCUUUUUCUUUUUAUUCUUGUACUGAAAAUCUUGAGAGAUGGUUUUUAAUGGCAUUUAACUUUAGUCAGAGACGUACAGUAUAAUAUUACUCAGUGAUAUAAGAUUUAAGACAGAACACACAUAAUACCUUAAAGGAGUGAGGCUCUAAGCGGUGAGGCCAUUCAAUUUCUCUUGGUGAAUGACUGUAAAAAUCUGUACAGCAUAUUUUACGUUGAUAUUUCUCUUCCUGCAUUGUAAAGCAUGGUAAUUUUAGUGUUCAAUAAACUUUCAGUCCAAUGACCGGCUACAUGGGUUUUAUUAAUUGAUUGAAUGACAGAUAGCAGUUGGGUUCAUCAGAGUUCAAAUCUGUCACAUUUUACAGUAGAAUAUCCAGGCGAUAGAUGGAUCAUUUCAUAUGAAAACCAACCAACUGCACCAGUUUAAUGUUUCUGAUGGAGAGGAACAGAAACAACCAUUAGUUUGAUCUGUUCUCUGAUUAUUCUGUGGAAAAAAAACAACAACUUUUGAGUCCAACUUUUAAAGGAUUUCAUCACCAUGUGAGAUAAGCCAGAACAAGUUAUACCAAAUAGGAAAUUUGUUUGUUUGUUUUUUAAACCUAGUGUUUGAUAUUCCCACUGUAGCCUUAAUUCCUUCUCUGUCAAAAAUAAUUUUCCAGUAAUCUACAAUCCUGUUUAAUUCUGUGGCUGUUAGGUGGAGACACUGGUUGAUUUUACAUAUCAGUUUCAGUUCCAAACUUUUAGGAGCAUUAAACUUUCUGUUGUUUGAUUUAAUAUAAUGAAUAAAUGUAAUUUUAUUAAGCAUGACAGACACAGACGUCUUCAGGGAUACAGACAAUUUUUAUUCUGAGACAAAAGUCUUGAUUUGUCUUACAAAGCAGCCCUUUUCCUAAAAAAUAAAAUAAAUAUAACAAAGAUCAUUUUAGUAACACAAAGUGUCUCACUGAAAAGAUCGGCUGUUUUCUCAACAGCCUCAUCACUGCAUAAAAUUAACUGGAAACAGAAGCAUCACAUUUCUGCGUGUUUCACCAACACUGACGUGGGAUCUGAUUUUUUUUCUUCCCCCUCAACUUAGUGCAAGUUCAGUCAUCACAUUGAACAGUAAUUUCAAACAAGUAAAAGCAAAUCACAAACUCUUACAGUUCAGUCAGUUUUAGCUGAAAUUCACUUUUAACAUGAUCAAAGUAAAGUGAGGUCAGGUCUGCACAGGACUAACACCAACGACACAAACUCUACAGCGCAUGACUCGAAACACUUACAUCAUAUAAAUCAUGUUCCCGGACACAUUACUGACAGAGUUAUCAAUUAAAACAUUCUUACACAACACAGACACACAUGCAUGACCGACCUGGUGGCAAACGUCAUUUGUGGGCUUCAGAUAAUAAUAAAACCUCUCCUGGCAUCAGCUUUCAAACAGAGACAUCCCCGCACAUUAAGGCCAGUUCUUUUAGUGCAAACACAGAAAUGCAAAGUCAGUCUUAAAUGAAUGUAAUGAGCUCCAUUAGUCGGGAAAUGAGCCAGAUUAUUAACAUCAAUCACUAAACCAAGUUGUUUAAUGUUAGAUUAUAUUUUCUUUAAGUGGUGAAUUAUUUUCUUUUCAUUACUGUCCGAAAAUGAUUUUGUACCCACGCUACUAACUUAAAUUUAUGUGCAAGUCACACAGUUUCUUUGCAAUUUUAACUUGCAUCUCAUUUCAAAACAUUUUCAGGGCUUUCAUGGUCACGUUUCCACUAUUGGAGACAUUUAGCAUGCUCAUGUGCUUAUUUUGCAUCUCUGUGUGGUGAUUUUAUAGGUUUUUGUUUUCUAUGGAAGGUCAUUUUUGUGUCUUUAUUGUUCUUCUCUCCUCACUGAACUGGUAGAAUUGUGUCUCAAUGUACUUUUUAAGGUAAUCAAAAAUUUGUUAAUAAUAAGUUUGUUAAUAAUUUUGUGUCAUUUUGAGUUUGUUUUGUGUCUUUGUUUGUUUUUGCAUAAAUAAGAGCAAAACAUUGCAGAUUCAUUGGAAAAAAGGAAUCAUUAUUUCAGACAUUCAUUCUCCACACCACUCUCCACCACAAAAAACAAACAAACAGAAAUUCGCACUUUUAUCCUAAAGCAUUGCCAUUGUGGCUUCAGAGGCUGUUCUCAAUUGGCUCAUGCAAAAGAGUUUAAUGAACCACAAAUGUAGGAGCCCUUCUCACUCUGGGCCAUAAACUGAAAACAAUCGCUAAUCCAACAAAUGUAUGAACUGCUGAGAGAAAGAGUCCCCGUCAUUACAGAAACAAAGAGCCAAACAUUAUAAUCUGUAUUUAAACAGUAAAAGUGUUUCCAUAGCAGGUUUAUGAUAUUAAGCACCACUGGAUUCCUGCCAAAUCUUAGUUUAGCUCAUUGCAUCACCACCUAAGCCGGGAACUGUAAACAGGCCAUUUGGUUUGUAAUUUUUGGCCAAUAAUUAACAGAAAUAAGCAGUCACGUAAUUUUAAGACCAAUGGAACGAGGACAAAUCCAGUCUUGGUUUUGAACUCAGGAGGAAAUUUGAGAGCUUUGUGCUUUUGAAAUGUCAGUGGACUCAUUUGCGGAAACGUUGCUGGGUUUUGGCCCUGCUGAGGACACAAUGAAAUGAAACCUGU